GCAUAAACAUGGCGUCGACCUGGUGCUAUUCAAGUCGCUCGGCAUGUUAGAUAAUAAAAUACGUACAGAUAUGUGUCAUAUUUGAAAUGUCAGUAUUUCAGAGAAUUACUGAAAAUUAAUCUUUUGUUAAAUCAUGGGUAUUCAGUGUUUGUUGUUCGGUGUAAGAUCUUGUCGAACGUUUAUUUCAGCGUAUCGACUGACAGGUAUUCAGUCUUCGAGAGCGUUCGUGUCCACAGCGACCCAGUUCGUUAAAGUAAAUGAUAUCACAAACAUCUUGAAUCCACUACGUUGCCACGUACGCGUGAAUUCAGUCAGGAAUGCCUAUAACUUUACGUCUACUGCCGUCGCAAAGGACGUGAUUCUCUUUGAACACGACCGGACGCGUUUUUUCAGACUUUUGGCCAUAUUUUGUGCUGGCCAGUUUCUAUUCUGGGCAUAUCUGGCUCAGUUUGCUUUCACAAGUCUUCGAGACACAAGAAAAAAUAGUGGUGAUCUUAAAAACGUCAGAACUGAGUUAGGAGGGCUUUUCAGUUUUGAUAUGAAUCUUGGUUCAAAUGCCUGGAGGUAUGGAUUCACUCUUGGGUGUCUAGUUAUUGGCGGAGGAAUUGUUGGUGUGGCAAUAUUAUUCAGCCGUCGUUCUGUGAGUCGUGUAAUUCUGCAUAAGGGAGGUGGAAAAGUCACUGUAUCUACACAGUCACCGCUGGGACCUCUCAGAGCUCACCAUCUGACUGUGCCUUUGUCUCAAGUGACGUGUCAUGCGCACAGACAGGAAUCGCCUUCAUUUGUUCCUCUUAAAAUCAAAGGGUACAAGUUCUACUUCCUUUUGGACAAAGAAGGGACUCUGAACAAUCCUAAAUUAUUUGACAUUACUGUUGGGGCCUACAGGCCCUUAUAAUAUGUCAUUCACACCCCUGUUUGUCUGUGCUACACUAUGAAUGAAUCAUAAUCUGCCAUUCAUUUUGUUUUAUGUUUUGCCUACGGGGAAAAACAAGUGCUGAAUUUACAAGAGGAGUAAACUGUAUAACUUUUCUGUUCAUAAUAAAACUUUUUACCUGGGAUUUGUGCUGACAAGCUUAU